UCUCGGCUAACAAGAAGAGUUAGUUCGCAAUAGAAACAAUGAGUACGGAAAUUCUCAGACUCACUACGUUCUCCGCUCUACUUGCGGUAUUGUGCGGAAUAGUGAUUGCAGCUCCUUUGGAUGAUGAAAAUGAGUACAUGACUCACGACGGUAACUGGGUGGCGUACCACUUACUCAAAAACGACUAUCUAAACCAACUUAAACAUCUACCUCUUGCCAAUCGUCGUCUCUAUGGAUACCCAGGUAAACGUAAUUCAGAAUUAAGCAACUCCAUGAUGGGACUGCCUUUAAAUAUGAUUGAUAACGGCAAGAAAUAAUUUAGAUUUUGUACCGAUCCUUUUUGUGUAUCAUUUCUAGUGCCUACCUACUUAUGUAUUAAAAAAUAUUAAGUCAG